AAUAUAGACGGGUACGAUAAUGAUGAAAAAAGUGCGAACAGGCCAAACUGCAAAAUUUUUUAUCUCAUAAAUGGCAAGGUGGGGGUUUCGUUUCGCCGCUUUAUUGAUUCGUCGUCCCGAUUUCACCUUUUUCAUUGUGUACCACAAGGGCGGCCACAGGCCAAAAGCAAAACUCUAUCUUUGUGCCAAUUGUGCGUAUUUCCUUCUCCUGGGCUGUAAAAGCUUCGAUUUUGGGAAUUUAUGGCGGAUGUAAUGAGUACGGUGAGUGUCUUCUCCUCUUGCAGGUGCCGUCCUUCAUCAAUUUCUUCCGACAUGACGAAACCCUUGUCCACUAAUCUCUUCUGCUCAUCGAUUGGAUUUGUGAGAUCUUCUUCUUCAAGUAAAAAUGGUUUUCUUGGGAGGAGAUUAGUUGUCGAGCGACAGAAAGGGAAGGCCGCGAAGAGAGAUUUUCAUGCCGUGCCUGUGAAGAUGGAUCAUUUGAUUGCGAAAGGAAUGAGAUGGUGGGAGAAGGGGUUGCAGCCUAACAUGAAGGAGAUUAUUUCUGCUCAGGAUCUUGUAGAUUCCUUGAUGCACGCAGGGGACAAGCUUGUUAUUGUGGAUUUCUUCUCCCCCGGUUGUGCAGGCUGCAAAUCCCUUCAUCCAAAGAUUUGUCAGUUUGCUGGGCAGAACCCUCAUAUUCUCUUCCUUCCAGUAAAUUAUGAGAAGCAUAAAUCCAUGUGUUAUAGCUUGAACGUUCAUGUCCUCCCCUUCUUUAGAUUUUACAGGGGAGCUCACGGUCGUCUUUGUAGCUUCAGCUGCACCAAUGCUACUAUUAAGAAAUUUAAGGAUGCAUUGGCCAAGCACAACACAGAUAGGUCUGGCCUUGGGCCAGCCAAGGGGUUGGAGGAGAAAGAGCUAUUGGCUUUAGCUGCAAGUCGUGAUCUUUGCUUCGACCAAACUAAAAAGGAAAGGCCUUUAUCUGGUGCCCCUGAAGCCAUGGAGCCAGUUUCUGCACUUCUCUAGCUUCCUCUUUCACUAGUUCUAAUACUUGUCUUAGGGCCUGUUUGGCUGCAAGUAGGAUUUAACACUAAUAUAAUUUAAAGCACGAACACACUUAGAAAACCUGCGGCCCUGUCUAUUAAAGAUUGUUAAACUGUGUUUUAGGAUAAGCUCUCCGAACGUACUAAUCAAACGACAAUGCGGUGUUUUCAAAAUGCCGCCGUACUUGAUAAGCUGCCCCAAACACCCUUAGUAAAUGGGUAUAUACAUGAAUCCACCGAAUUACAGGAUUUAGGCCGAAUCUCAGGUAAACUUGGAUUUAGUAAAUCUUUAAAUUAGUAAAUCCAACAAACUUAACAUCUUGUUUUUUUAUUGUAUUUAAUAAAUCUGAUGAUAAGUCCUUUUAAAAACCUUCACCAAAUAGCUCACAAGUGGUCGAAGAACAAAGCUAUGCCUCAUGUUGGAAAAAUUGUUAUGUACGGAGAGCGUACGCAAAGCUGCGUGCGCUCUCCUAUCACAGCUACACAUCAACCAUCCUUGUAUGCCAGUGGGUGGGGAUAAUAUUGGCAUAAUGCUUUCAGGCCAUCAUAUCCUUUAUAUUUUUGUAUAUUUUAUUUAUUAUUAUUAUUAUUAUUAUUAUUAUUAUUAUUAAUUUGAUGUUUAUAAUAUUCCAGUGUUGUAAUUCUCCUCCCUCCAUGCCUUCUCACCUGAAUAUUUGGUCGAAAGUGUCUUCUUAGCAUGAUUAAUUAUUUUUCUGGUCUUAUAGGCUGCUAUAUGAUGGAAUGGCUUGUUUCAUCACGAAACUGAGUUGUAUUAGUGUUUGUUUAUCUGUCUUUUGCCAUUAUUUAAGAAUUAUAUCUUUCUUAAAUUGGUUUCUAUAUGCGCUGGCUGUACUAAUUCGUGAUUUUUUUUCUUGUUUUGCAAGCUUGUUUUAAUGACAGUGUUAGAGGUCCAUGUGGUGGGUGAGGAAUUGGAUGCAAAGCGAAAUUAUGAGAAAAGCAGGUUCCUCUCUCAUUAUAGGCGAGGAUGAUUUUAUGUUCAUCUUGGCCUAUAAUGUCUUGACACUUAAAAGAGAAGCAUAAAACUAAAAGUGUUGCAGAGAUGAGAAUGCAUAGGAGGAUGAGUGGCAUGCACUUAGACAAAAUGCGAAACGAAUGUAUCCGUGGAAGGGUUGGUGUAACUCCAGUGGUAGGCAAGAUUACAGAGAGCCGCCUUUCAUGAUUUGGUCACAUUAAAUGUGGAUCACCUGAUGUUCCGGUUAGGAGAGAAAAGGUAGAAGUAGACCUAAAUAGACUUGUGCAUGCUGCAUAAAAAUUAAUCUUAUUUUAUUAGAAUUAAAUGAAAAUGACACUCAAUAGGACACAAAGGAGAAAAAUGUUUCAUGCAGCCGAGCCCAUUAGUGGGAUAAAGACUCAUUGUUGUCGAUGUUGGCGGUCUAUAAUGUCUCCUGUUUAGUAGGGAAUGCAACUCUCUGAUGCUCGAAGAAACAAAAAACUAUUGUUCGGAAGUCUAUAGGUGCAGAAUAUCGUCUUUUUGCCUUCUGUGUGGCUGAGGUUCUCUGCACAAAAAAAAAAAAAAUAAAAUAAAAAAAAAUAAACUGAGCUUCAGGUUGCUGAUCAUCCUCUACAAAUACAUUGUGACCAUAUUAAUACGAAUAAGCUCAUCGUCAACAAUAAUCUUGACGAUAUACAGAUGCUCUGAAUGAACAGGUUUGAAAUUUCUUAAUUUCUGCAACAUAGUUCUUGUGGAGGGGACUACCAUUCAUGGCUUCUUAAAGGCUAUAUACACUGUAGCUUGUGUUUCAAAAUUAGUAUUUAUUUCUCAUUCAUCAUUGUGUUGACAAUGUGCUUGUAUGGCUUUGACAAGGAGCUUCGGAGGAGGAUGUCUUAGUCUUCUUCUUCUUCAAAUUUCACAUCAAAAUUCUCUUAGAUCAAGAAUUAUUUUGUUGAAUUUGUCCAUUUGCUGUAUAAGAUACAUUAAUUCAUCCGUAUAAAAAUCAUAUAAUUGACUAUUCAUGGUUAACUAAUUGCCGAAGAUCUUAUUCUCCAUUA